AUGACGCAAAUGUUAACAAAUAUAUUGAUAUAUGGUGCAGCUAGACAUGGAAGUCCUCUGAAUUUUGCAGCGAGACUACAUGUUGCAUUGGGGUCGGCGAAAGGAAUCCUCUACCUUCACACGGAGGCCGAUCCGCCUAUCAUACACCGCGAUAUCAAAGCAAGCAACAUAUUGCUGGACAGCAAGUUUAAUGCAAAGGUCUCAGAUUUUGGAAUCUCGAGACUCUUCCCUGAAGCUGAUGCUGAUGCAUCUGUGAGCGCUCAUGUAUUCACAUACGUGAAAGGAACACCUGGUUAUGUCGAUCCCGAAUAUUUUCAGACCCACAAAUUGACGGAGAAGAGUGAUGUUUACAGCCUCGGAGUCGUUUUCCUGGAGCUCUUGACAGGGAUGUACCCCAUUUCUCAUGGCAAGCACAUUGUCCAGGAGGUACUAUAACAAUGUUUGCCCUUGUAUCGUUCUCUGAUUGAAUGUGAAAGCAUUCACAAAUCGGUCUAUUCUCUUUUGCUUGGUGUUUCUCGUGGAAAAGUAGCAGUCCAGUAACUAAAACUUGUUCGAAGGGAGGUAAACUACCUGAAAAAAAUUCUGUACCGCAAACUUGACAUUACAGCUCUGACAAAACACAGCAACUCAUUUCUAUUAAGCGAGUCUUCUUCGGCAAACAUUAAUGAUGCUACCUGAUAUACGAUUCAUUCCAGGUACUGGCAGCUUGUCAGGCAGGUCUGACGUUCUCGAUAAUAGACCAGAGCAUAGGUCCUUACCCUGCCGACUGUGUCAAGAAGUUAUUGGCAUU